AGCCACCCGUUCCUCCCCCUCUUCUACCUCCCAUCCUUUGCUCGGGAGCUGCCUUCAUCGCAGUCACGCCCCUUCCUUCCAGGAGCUUUCUGGCUGCGUUAGCUGGUAGACCCCUGAAUUACUCCUCCAUCUCCGUUCUCUUUCGUCUCUUUCCUAGUUCCCAUCUCCUUCCCCCACCACCUCCAGCCUAUCUCGCCUCCCACUAUCCGCUGCUCCACCCUCCGGCCCGGUAUCCUGCCUGCCUGUCCACUGCCACCAAGGAGAGACCCGAGGGAGCAGCGAGGUGGAGAGUAGCCGGGACCUGGGGCUUCCUCCCUACCCAUCCCUGGCCUCUGGCCCGGGACCGAAGCCACUUGAGCCAGCGGAGAAAAUCGUCACCUUGUCUUCAUUGCCUUUAGGGCUGCUGAGAAGGCUAACCGAAGUGGAAGAACCAUUGACUCCUUAGAGACAGGGCUGAGAAACUAAAGGUCAAGGGCAGCCCAAGUGCCCAAUUUCUCUCUCUCUUCACAAAGCAACGCCAGCUAUAGAGAUGAGAAAUUCUGAAGAACAGCCAAGUGGAGGAACUACGGUAUUGCAACGCCUGCUUCAAGAGCAGCUUCGCUAUGGCAAUCCUAGUGAGAAUCGUAAUCUGCUUGCCAUCCACCAGCAGGCCACAGGGAAUAGCCCCCCAUUCUCCGCUGGCAGUGGGAACCCCGGCCCUCAGACCGACGUUUUGAGUCCCCAGGAUCACCACCAGCAGCUCGUGGCACACCCUGCUCGACAAGAACCCCAGGGCCAGGAAAUCCAGUCAGAAAACAUCGUCAUGGAGAAGCAGCUGUCCCCUCGUAUGCAGAAUAAUGAGGAACUGCCGACCUAUGAAGAAGCCAAGGUCCAGUCACAAUACUUCCGGGGCCAACAGCAUGCUAGUGUUGGCGCUGCCUUCUAUGUCACAGGAGUCACUAACCAGAAGAUGAGAACCGAGGGACGCCCAUCAGUGCAGCGACUCAAUCCUGGGAAGAUGCACCAAGAUGAAGGACUUAGAGACCUUAAGCAAGGGCAUGUCCGAUCCCUAAGUGAAAGACUAAUGCAGAUGUCACUGGCUACCAGUGGAGUGAAAGCCCACCCACCUGUAACCAGUGCUCCCCUCUCCCCACCACAACCCAGUGACCUCUACAAGAAUCCCACCAGUUCCAGUGACUUCUACAAGGCUCAAGGGCCACCUCCCAGCCAACAUAGUCUGAAGGGCAUGGAACACCGAGGCCCCCCACCAGAAUACCCUUUCAAGGGCAUGCCAUCCCAGUCUGUAGUGUGCAAGCCCCAAGAGCCAGGGCUCUUCUAUAGCGAGCAUCGCCUGAACCAGCCAGGGAGAACAGAGGGGCAACUGAUGAGAUAUCAGCACCCCCCUGAGUAUGGCGCAGCCAGGACAACGCAGGACAUCUCGCUGUCUUUGUCGGCAAGGAAUUCUCAGCCUCACAGCCCGACAUCUUCCUUGACGACCGGGAAUCAGUUGCUGCAGUCUCCACCAUCUACGAGACUGUCUUCUGCCCAACACGCUUUGGCCGCAAACCAAGGCGACCACUCUACACACCUGCCAAGGCAGCAGCAACACUUUCUUCCGAAUCAGAGUCACCAGGGGGACCACUACCGUCUCUCCCAGCCCGCCUUGCCUCCUCCAGCACCACAGCAGCAGCCGGGAGAAGCCUACUCAGCUAUGCCUCGGGCUCAGCCGUCUGCUUCUUAUCAGCCCUUGCCAGCUGACCCUUUCUCCAUCGUCUCGAGAGCCCAGCAGAUGGUUGAGAUCCUCUCUGACGAGAAUCGGAACUUGCGGCAGGAGUUGGAUGGAUGCUAUGAGAAGGUGGCCAGACUGCAGAAGGUGGAGACAGAAAUUCAGCGGGUCUCAGAGGCAUAUGAGAAUUUGGUGAAGUCAUCUUCUAAAAGAGAGAAUCUGGAGAAAGCCAUGAGGAACAAGCUGGAGGGUGAGAUUCGAAGGAUGCAUGACUUCAACAGAGAUCUGAGAGACCGUCUAGAGACUGCCAACAAGCAGCUGGCAGAAAAGGAGUACGAAGGCUCAGAGGACACCAGGAAAACCAUCUCUCAGCUCUUUGCCAAAAAUAAAGAAAGCCAGCGGGAGAAAGAGAAGCUUGAAGCAGAGCUGGCUACUGCUCGCUCUACCAAUGAAGACCAAAGGCGACACAUUGAAAUCCGAGACCAGGCAUUGAGCAAUGCCCAGGCGAAGGUGGUGAAGCUGGAAGAAGAGCUGAAAAAGAAGCAAGUGUACGUCGAUAAGGUGGAGAAGAUGCAGCAGGCCCUAGUGCAGCUCCAGGCAGCCUGUGAGAAACGCGAGCAGCUGGAGCACCGACUCCGGACCCGUUUGGAGAGGGAACUGGAAUCCCUGAGAAUCCAGCAGCGCCAGGGCAACUCGCAGCCUGCCAAUGCUUCAGAAUACAAUGCUGCUGCACUGAUGGAGCUCCUUCGUGAAAAGGAGGAGAGAAUUCUUGCCCUGGAAGCAGAUAUGACAAAAUGGGAGCAGAAGUACUUGGAAGAGAAUGUGAUGAGACAUUUUGCUCUGGAUGCUGCUGCAACUGUGGCUGCGCAGAGAGACACAAUGGUCAUUAGCCACUCUCCUAACACCAGCUAUGACACAGCCUUAGAGGCCCGCAUCCAGAAGGAAGAGGAAGAAAUCCUGAUGGCCAAUAAGCGUUGCAUGGACAUGGAAGGAAGGAUUAAGACGCUCCAUGCCCAGAUUAUUGAAAAGGAUGCUAUGAUCAAAGUGCUGCAGCAGCGCUCCAGGAAAGAGCCAAGUAAGACAGAGCAGCUGUCGUCCAUGAGGCCAGCAAAGUCUCUGAUGUCCAUCUCCAAUGCUGGAUCAGGCCUGCUUGCCCACUCCUCUACCCUGACUGGUACUCCCAUCAUGGAGGAGAAGCGAGAUGAUAAAAACUGGAAGGGGAGCCUAGGCAUUCUUCUGGGUGGAGACUAUCGUGCUGAGUCUGUCCCAUCCACACCUUCACCUGUGCCUCCUUCGACUCCCCUGCUCUCGGCUCACUCGAAGACAGGCAGUCGCGACUGCAGCACCCAAACAGAACGUGGAUCUGAACCAACCAAAACCGCAGCUGUUACUCCCAUCUCUGUUCCGGUUGCUGUUCCAGUUGCUGCUGCUGCCGCCCCUGCUGCUGCCAUCACUGCAAGUGCUGCCACCAACACUGCCACAGCUGCCACCAACACCACUAUCAUGGUAGCUGCUGCUCCAGUUGCUGUUGCUGCUGCUGCUGCUCCAGCUGCUGCUGUUGCCACUGCCCCAUCUCCAGCAAAUGCUGCUGCUCUUGCUGCUGCUGCCUCUCCAGCUGCACCUGUUUCUCCAGCCGCUCCUGUCUCUCCGGCUGCUCCUGUCUCUCCAGCUGUUGCUGCUCAGAUUCCAGCUGCUUCAUCUCUUACUUCUGCUACUGUUUCUCCCGCUCCUUCUGCUGCUACUGUCGCUACUGCAGCUACUGCAGCAGCAGCUGUUGCUGCUGCUGCUGCUACUGCUGUUCAGGUUGCUCCAGCUGCUUCGGCUCCGGUUCCAGCUCCCGCUCCGAUUCCGGCUCCAGCAACGCCUCAGGCUUCUGCUCCGACUCCGACUCAGGCAUCAACUCCAGCUCCGACUGCAGUUCCUACUCCAGCUCCGACUCCAACUCCAGCUUUGGUUCAGGCUGAGGGUCCUGCAAGUCCAGGUACCAGCUGUGGACCACGCCGAUUGUCCACACCAAAUCUGAUGUGCAACCCAGACAAGCCAGAUGGGCCUGUUUUCCACUCCAGCACUCUGGAAAGAAAAGCACCCAUUCAGAUCCUGAGUCAAGAACCUGAUGCAGAGAUGGUGGAAUAUCUCAUCUAAACAGCAUACUCAAGAGCUGAAGUUAUCAGCAAGAGUUCUUUUAAUCGUUUUUCCCUUUUGUUUGUUUAAUCUGGGGUGAUGAUGGGGUUGGGAGGUGGGGAUGAUUUUUUAAAGGGACUUUUUAUUGGACUCUUGUAGUACUUAAUACCAUGAGAAUUCCAUAGGGAGUACCUCAAGAUGAUAGGUUAAGCAGAAUGUGCUCUAGAACUAAUUGCUGGCAUUGAUCUAAAUCAUGGACUCUUAACUGGUAGCAAUGUCCAUUGAUUUCAGAUGCUUCAAUUUGUUUUGACAUUUCCCAAUUUGAGGUCAUUUUUCAUUGAAGAAUACAGCAUGUGUGGAAGGCAGUUUGUAACACGUAGUUCAGAAGUGGAAAUCUGGAGAGAAUUUGAAGAUUUGCUGCUUUGUCUAGUGACUACCUAGACAACAGCCAAAGAAAGGUCUUUCUUUAAGCUGAGAAAAGAAAGUGUUUUAGGAGCUUUGGAAGCUGGAGAAAAGGAAGAGAGUAUUGGGGUUAAGAAGGGAACUGGACCAAUUUUCUCUCCCAGUUGCCAGUUACCCUGCCCCUUCAUACUGAUGGUAUUUAUCUUCAUUUCAAUGGUGCUUUGGAAGUGGAUUCUUUUGGUUCCCUCCUGGAGGUUCAUCCAUUCAUAUAUAUACUCUGGAAUAAUUUAUGCAUUUGGAUAAUUAAUAUAUUGCUUUCAGAUGGUAGGAGAGUAAAUGAACAGAGUGAUGCAUGACUUCCUCUCUCAUGGGGGGUCUGAUGUUAGCAGCUUCAAAGGAGGGCAUCAUGAGAUGCUGCAUGCAGACUUUUGUGGUCAAGAUAUAGUCAUGAACAUGGCUCCGUCACCUUAAAUUUGACCAGUUGACUGACGUAGCCUUUAUUUCUUCCACAAGGCAGAUUCACUGACUGGUUCCCCAGUCUUUGUUUGCCAAUACUUUACAAAAUGAGGAAACAUCUUUUUUGGACAGGUUGAAUGUGUUGAAUUUCUGGCUAAUACUUUGAACUAUUUCAGUUUUGUUUUUCCAAAUUAGCAUGUGUCUUCAAAGGCACAUGCAACUGUCACCUCCAUGGAAAUAACGUAAGAAGUCCAAAGUGCCGGGCUGCAGUCAGGAGAGAGGUUGAUUGCAGCAAUCUCCUCAACUACCUCUUCUUACUGCCUGUGACUCCAUCUUGGAAACCCCUUGGGAAGCAGCUGGGAAUGUAUACAUGGGCGGGACCAAACAGGGAGCCUUAUCAUAGGGCUGCCUCUAAGGACACAGAAGGUGUCAGUUGCCGCAGGUCCUUGUCCUUAGUCUCUGCCCUUCAUAAGGUGAUAUAACUUCAGAUAGUAUCAUUAAGGUCUGUUUUCAGGGGUAUAGGGAGGGUAAGGGGAGGGGGACUAUUAAGUAUAAGGGGUAGAGGUUUAGUGAUAUGUUAAGUUAGAAAUCAGAUUGAUAGAAGGGUAGUCUAUAUAUUAUGCCAUGGACUUUAGUGAUGGGAAGGAACUUUAUCUAGCAAUGUAGCUCUACAUUCUAACUUUAGUGAUGAGGAAUCUGAGACUUGGAGAAGUUCAGUGACUUUUUCAAGAUCACACAGUAUAUCUGUCUGCUCUGCCAAUUACAUGCCUAUUUUGGGAAAUGAUUAUCUAUUAAAAAAGAGCCUGUUUUGAAGAAAAGGCAUAUUCCUAGUCUAGGGUAUGCCUACUUUAUGAAAAUCUUCUUGGUUUGACUAGAUUGUUUGGGGUGAUUUCUCGUCUUGUCUCUGCUGGAGUGCCUUGUAUGGAACUGUUCUUUUUCUCAUCCCAUUUCAUCAUUGAGCUACAUGAAAUGCAUCCCUAAGACAUCAACUCAACUGUUUUUCCUUAUAAAAUCAUGUGUUUGGGGUCAUUUUAUGUAUUGCUCUGUGAGUAUAAGAUUGCUCUAUUUACCUGUAUUCUUGUGUGGUUCCUAAUUACCUUCCAAAGGAUUUAUUUGUGUGUGUGUGUGUGUGUGUGUGUGUGUGUGUGUGUGUGUGUAUGUGUGAAGGAAAUGCAACAACUAUUAACUAGUUUUUCACAUUAUUAAUAACGAAAUGGUCAUCCAGUCCAUCAGUCCUCAGUUAAAGAGUGAAGGCCAAAUAGAAACAUGAAAGUGCAGUCCUGUGAAUAAUGCUCAUUCACACCAUUUUUCUGUUGCAAGGGGAAAAAACUUGAGACAGUAGAAGAAUCAGGCAGCAAGCACGAGGAAAACGACUUUCUGCCCAAGCUAAUGAAUGAAAAUAAAAAACUUUUCAUGUCCUCUCCUGAUGACAACACAUUGCUAGAAUUUGGGCUGACUCUGGGAGCCAUGAUUCCAGUCAUAUUCUGUGAAGUGACAGAUAUGGUACCUUCUUCACUGUAUGACAGCUAUCUCUUUAAAAUCAUGUGUUUGGGGAAAGAAGGAAGUCCUUGCAGAAGUACUAUUUGGAACUUUCCAGAACCUUUCUGGCCUACCACACUAGAGGCAGUCCUGCUCAGUAUUCAGGCCCAGGCGAUUUGCUAGAAGGACAGUGUACGUCUAAGAAACGGAAGAAAACUGUGUUGGUAUAGUCUGUUUAUGGACCAUACAGGCUCCACCUCUUGAGAAAAUUUCUACUAGGUAUCAGUUUAAAAAUUCAGUUAUAUGGGAAAAUCUCAAAUUAGCCACCUCUUCCCAUUUAUGUGGAUGUAGCAUUUGGAGCCUCUUCUUCGACUUGCUCCUAUUUACAGUAAAAUGUAUGCAUUUUCCUGGCACCCUAGAAGAAGAGGGGGCAUUUGUUGUCUUAACUUUUACUGUCUGGUGGUCUAUGAGGAUCUUAUUAUUCAUUUGUUACCUGCAAUGUCCCAUGUCCAGCAGAAUUUCAUUUGAUUGAACUAUACUUGAUACAAAACUGUUAACAUUGUUGAGGAAGUAAACUCAGCUUGAACUUCCUUUGAAAGUCAUGUAUUGUGACUGUUGUCUUAAUGUAGGUUUUCAUUUCAGUGUUGCCUUUGAGCUGCAGGGUGACGGGGCGGUAGAAACUUGAAGCAUCUGCCAUGAUCUGUGACAGGAAAUAUAGCAAGAUACCUGUCCUGUUCUCUUCUUCCUUUUGCACUGUUCAGUGGCUCUGACAAACUGAUUCCCAAGCUACUUUUUAUGAAGAAUCUAAAUAAUGUGGCGUCUUAAAGUAUACAUGUAUGUGCUAACUUUAAUAAAUGCUCAUGUCUGUUAGCCGUACAAUCUAUUGUCUUAAAUGCUCAUUUAUACAUGGAAUAUGUUACAGAAAAAUGUGUUUCUUUUUCCAAGGAAAUACUUUCAAAGGGAGGUAUUGGCUGUGAGUUCAUUGUUACCAAUUUUUGCCUGCCGCAAUCUUUAGAAACUCUUCUUUCAAGUGCCACCAUUGACAGUAGGAGAAAGGUUGGAAACAUGGACAUUUUCUUCUGGUAGCAAGGGCAGGUUACACGAAGCGUUCAAACCUCCUUCUGACCUACUUUGUUAUCAAUGGCAUGUGUUUAAUAAAAUGGCUAGAUGGGGUUGGCAGAUGGUUUGAUAAGAAUUACUUUUGAUUUAAUAUAUGUGGUCUCAUAGUGGUUGUGAUUCUUUUCUGUAAUCAUGAGAGGUAGAUCAAAUAAAGUUAAGCAGGUUAAAUCCACUUUGUGCCUAUCUUUUCACUGACAAUAAAGUUAGCUGUUUG